AUGACCACUUCUCUGAUCCACAUGGCCAACAAUCUGGAUGCCUCAACUGAGGAGAUCUCUCUGAACUACGUUCUUCUCGGACGUCCACAUCACGAGAGAGUUCAACAUCAUCCGAGCUACAUGGAGAUGAUCAAGGGAGCCAUCCAAGCGAUCGACAAUGGAAAGGGAUCCAGCAAGGCUGCGAUUCUCAAGUACAUUGCUCAGAACUAUCAUGUUGGAGAGAAUCUUCCAAAGGUGAACAACCAUCUGCGCACCGUCCUCAAAAAGGCAGUUGACUCUGGUGACAUUGAACAGGCACGCGGACAUGGUGCCACUGGCAGCUUCCGCAUGGGAAAGGAACGUGAGAAGAACAUGCAAAUCGUGGUUCCAGUUCAGACUCAGCCGAUGAUGAUGCUCAAGGAAGUUCGUAAGAAGUUGGAGAAUAUCUCGGUCAGCAAGCAGACUGACAAAAAUCAGCCAUCAACCAGCAGUGUCCCUCAAAAGAAGGGAAAACCAAUCAGCUCGAUGAAGAAACGUGGGGCCAUGACCAAGAAGCGUUCAUCGAAGAACAAGAUGGCUCCAAAAGCCAGAAGCACCAUGCUCAAGAAAAAGAAGGCCACCUCCACUUCGAAACCAUCGACCUCAUUGGUCCACAAAACUCCAAAAGCUCCAGCAACCACCACCAUGGAGCUUCGUACCGGAACCAGAAAGAGCUACGUUUAA